AUGGAAGAUAAAAAUUAUAUAAAUGCCAUAAGUAAAGGCGAUAGUGAUGAAAGUAUGAAAGUAGAGAUUUAUAUUAGAAAUAAGAUGUAUAAGGGGAUGAUUGAUACAGGUUCAAGAGUAUCAUUAAUAAGAUAUGAUGUAGCUUUAGAAUGUGAAUUAGAUGUGGAGGAAACUGAUAUAAAAGGUAAAUUAGUAGCAGUAAACGAGAGUGAGAUUAAAGUAAAAGGAUAUGUUGAUGCAGAUUUACAAUUAGGUAAAUAUGGUCAGAGAGUUAAAUGCAAAUUAAUAGCAGUAUGUAAUAUAAGUGAGCAGAUAAUUAUUGGACUAGAUGUUCUAGUUAAAGAAAAAAUAGCUAUAGAUGUGGGAAAUUCUGUAUUGGUAAUAAAUGAAAAAAUGAUACCAAUGUGUGGAUAUGUUAAAGAAGAGGCAGUUGAUAGUCCUGAUAAGAUAUUAAAGGAAAAAGUGUAUAAUAGUACUAGUCAAUCAUUUAGUCAAUCAAAUAAUAUAAAAUCAGGGGUUAAAAAUAUUGUUGAAAAAUAUAAAAAGAAAAAUCCAAAAUUAGGUUCUAUAAGUAGUUAUUUAUUUAAGAUUGACUUGAUAACUGAUAAAAUAGUUCAAUCAAACCCAUAUGUGUUCCAUAGUGCUACAAGGAACAUUUAA